ACAGCGCUCAGCUUUGUUUACAAAUAGAUCUUGUUCAUUCGGAAAAAUUGAUAAGUAGACUCGGUGAAUACCAGGUAGAAUGAGACGGGGAGCAAAGACGGCGGGAUGAAUCCCAAUACUCCCGAGUUGCUCCGACGAUCGAACAGUAUAAGCUCAGACUGCUGGGAGUGAGGACGUCGUCGUCAUCAAAAGAUAAUUGGAACUGCUGCAUCUAGUAUAGGAAGCCAGACAACAACAGUAUUUGUUUAUAUUUCCACAUAGAACGCAUAUAAAUAAAUUAUGAAAUCAGAGGCGUUGCACAAGCUUCUGGCUUUGUAUCCGCUGCUGAUUGCCUGCGCGUGGAGCCAACCAUUGAAUCCAGCUCAACAACCAGCAACGCAUCAACAACCGCCUGCAGUUCAACAACCGGUUAUCUUCAUUAAACAUAAUGUAGGAGCUGAAAAUGCCGAGAAUUACCGGAUCACAUUACCGUCGAAGGAUCUCCAGGCAGGGGAGCCCUGCUUCACGAUCAGUUGGAAGACCAAUCCAGAUGGAACUGGUCCCGGUGAGCCCCAAGUCUACAUGGGCGAUGGAUACUUGGGAAUAUUAACAGCGCGAGGACAGCAGAUCCAAUAAACGGGAAACCAAAUUGUUCUUAUUCAUACAACUUUUACUGGGCACUUCUAAAAUGUUGAAAACACGUAUGUUGUGGAGUUGUAAAGAAAUUUUAGGUAUUCAGUCCAAAGGAACCAAUCAAGAAGGCCCAUAAAAAAAUAAAUAAAUUUGAAUCAG